AUGAAGAACUUCCUCAACAAAGCUAAGGUUCAGAUGAAGCUUGCUGCUCAUUCUGUUCAGGAAACUACCGGACAUUCUAAGAUUGAAGAAGAUCCAGAAACCAAAAAGAUCUGGCAGAGAGUUGAAGCUCAAAACAAGAAUCUCGAUGAACUUAUCACAAAUGUUCAGAAGCUCAAGAGAACAUACUACGAAUUUGCUACAUAUCAGCACUCUGCUCAUGGAAAUCUUUUCCAACUUUAUACAAAUGAGAGUCCAAAGUACAAUGAAGUCUCUGCUUGCUUCCAAUCAUCUGAGGCUGUUUUCAACAAUGCUAAAGCUUUCAAUGAUGAAUAUGCUAAGCAACAAAUUGAGAACCUUGCUCUUGCUCUCAAGACAGAACUUCAUAAGGUUAGAAUAGCCUUUGAUGCCCGUAAGAAGGACUACAUUCUUCUUGAGGAUGCUAAGAAGUCACUUGCUAAGGCUCAAACAAAGGGCAAGGAUAAGAAGGUUGCUGAUAAGCAGAAAGAAGUUGAUCAAUACUCUGCCAGCUACCAGACACAACAACAGGAGUUCAUGAAUGUUGCUAACGCAUACUUUGCAGAUUGCCAGCAGAAGAUUGAUCAGAUCUUUGAAGUUUAUCAAUUCUACAUCUGUGAGCUUACAAGCGAACAACAUAAGGCUAUCAUCGAAAAGCCAGCUUACAACUGGGAAGCUUCAAAGGGCAAGUAUCCAUCUGUCACAGUCCCACCAGCUGCUCCAGCUCAAUAA